AUGGACUUCGACUUAGUUGUGCGCAAAGGCAACGUCGUCACCGCUUCCGACAUCUGGUAUGAUUGUGAUAUUGGCAUCAAGAAUGGGAAGAUCGUCGCGGUAGCUUGCAGUCUUCCUGCUCAGGACGGUGUUGGAGUCAUUGAUGCAGAAGGGGCCUUCAUCACGCCUGGCGGGAUUGACACCCAUGUCCACUUGAGUCAAAUGUACGAGGCAUCGGUCUCUAGUCUCAUGAAAACACAGAUCACAAAUGGGAAGAUCCCGGACCUAGCGAACUACACCAAUGACACGUAUGAAACCGGGACACGCAGUGCGGUGGCGGGAGGGACGACGACGGUCAUCACUUUCGCAAGUCAGCUUCGUAACGAUGAGAGCUUAGUUCCUGUCCUGGAGGAGUACUCCAAGCUCGCGGAUGGUCAGUCAUAUUGCGACUAUGGUUUCCACAUGAUACUUUCCAAUCCAACAAAGUACAUCCUGGAAAACGAAUUGUCCAUGAUUGUGGAAAAGUACGGAAUCACCAGUGUCAAGAUCUACAUGACUUACAAGGCUUUCCAACUGAGGGACUAUGAGAUCCUGGAUGUCAUGCAUGCCGCCCGGAGGGUUGGGAUUACGACCAUGGUUCAUGCAGAAAACGCCGAUGUGAUUGAUUGGAUGACGGAGCAUUUAGAAGAGCAGGGAAUGACGGCUCCAUAUCACCAUGGCACCUCGAGGCCCCCGAUCGUGGAAGCCGAAGCUACUAAUCGAGCCAUUGUCCUCGCGGAACUUAUGGACACUCCCAUCCUCCUGGUCCAUAUCUCAGGUGCACACGCAACAAAGGUGAUCCGCGACGCACAAACCAGACUCUUGCCCGUCCACGGGGAAACAUGCCCGCAGUAUCUAUUUCUCCUAGCCGACAGCAUGAAGAAAGAAGGCUUCGAAGGCGCACGGUGUGUUUGUUCACCCCCGAUUCGGGAAGAACCAGCCGACCAAGAGGCUAUCUGGACCGGGAUCAAGAAUGGCACAUUUACCACCUUGUCGUCAGACCAUGCUCCGAUUAUAUUUGAUCAUCCCGAUGGAAAGCAACGGGGGCUUGCCCAUGGAGGUGGUCCGCAAGGCAAGUUUCAGUAUAUUCCGAAUGGACUUCCUGGGGUAGAAACCAGGAUACCCUUACUUUGGUCUGGAGGGGUCCUCACGGGCCGAAUUACACCCCAGAAGUUUGUUGAAAUCACUUCGACCAACCCGGCUAAGCUGUAUGGCCUUACAAACAAGGGGACCAUUGGUCCGGGCUUCGAUGCCGACUUGACGAUUUGGUAUCCCCAAGAAGGUUUCAAACCUUUCAAGUUGACCAACGAAAUGUUGCACCACGCCAUUGACUAUACGCCUUUCGAAGGAAUAGAAUUCAAGAACUGGCCGAGGUACACGAUUGUGAGAGGCAAAUUGGUCUUCAAAGAGGGUCAGGUGAUAGGGAAGCUGGGCUAUGGGCAGUAUCAACGAAGAGGAAAAAGCACUUUGAGUGGACCAAGGGACCAAUGGUUGAGUGAAUGGAGGCCUGUAUAUCCAAUGAACUAG